CGCGACGCCAAACCUUGUCUGGUCAUCGCCCCUCUCUUGCUCUCCGUCCCCCAAACCCGUCGCAAACCCUAGCCUUCGAUGAGAACCCUGCCUCCGUCCUGAAACCCCAUCGCUCUCUUCCCCUUCCCCUCGUCCCCCAACCUCUUCGAUGUCGCCCCAGUCGUCGGAGAACAAGUACGUCACCGAGGAAUGCCUUCAGGAAUGGAAGGGCUCCAACGCCGGCUUCAAGGUCGCGGAUCCGGUCCCCAUGGCUCGAUUCCUCUACGAGCUCUGCUGGGCUAUGGUCCGUGGGGAUUUGCCGUUCCAGAAGUGCAGGCCGGCGCUGGACUCGGUUGUGUUCGUUGAGGAGCCGCAGCGGGAGGAUAUGGGGUCCAUUUUGGCCGAUAUCGUCGCUCACAUGGGACAGGAUCAUACAAUGACUGCAGAAUGUCGAGUUCGACUUAUUAAAAUGACUAAAUGGCUAGUGGAGUCAUUGCUGGUUCCAUCUAGGCUUUUGCAGGAGCGUUGCGAGGAAGAAUUUUUAUGGGAAUCUGAGCUGAGUAAGAUUAAAGCUCAAGAAUUGAAAGCCAAAGAGGUCAGAGUAAACACUCGCCUUCUUUAUCAACAAACAAAGUUCAAUCUUCUAAGAGAAGAGAGCGAGGGCUAUGCUAAGCUGGUAACACUCCUCUGCCAAGGUGGACUGGAAGUGAUGUCUAAGAAUGCGUCGACCGUGACAAUCAGCACAAUUAAGUCAUUAAUUGGGCAUUUUGAUUUGGAUCCCAAUCGUGUCUUUGAUAUUGUACUAGAGUGCUUUGAACUCCAUCCUGACAAUCAUACUUUUUAUGGCCUCAUACCUAUUUUUCCAAAGUCACACGCCGCCCAAAUUCUGGGAUUUAAGUUCCAGUAUUAUCAACGUAUGGAAGUAAACAUCCCUGCACCUCCUGGACUUUUUCGUUUGACAGCUUUGCUUGUGAAGGCAGAGUUCAUAGAUCUUGACAGUAUAUACUCGCACUUGCUUCCCAAGGAUGAUGAGGCAUUUGAACAUUACGAUGCAUUUGUUGCAAGGCGUUUUGAUGAGGUUAACAAAAUUGGCAAAAUUAAUCUUGCUGCAACUGGGAAAGACCUAAUGGAUGAUGAAAAACAGGAUGUGGCUAUUGAUCUAUUUGCUGCAUUGGACCUGGAAAGUGAAGCUAUUAAAGAACGGGCUCCAGAAAUUGAAAAUAACCAGAAACUUGGUUUGUUAAUUGGCUUCCUUUCUGUUGAUGAUUGGUACCAUGCACAAAUUCUCCUUGAUCAGCUUUCCCAUCUAAAUCCUGUUGAGCAUGUUGAGAUUUGUGAUGGCUUAUUUAGGCUCAUUGAGAAGACAAUGUCAACAGCGUUUGAUUUGAUUUUCCGAACAAGUUUUAGAAGUAUUGGUGGCCUUACAUACCCUGGGCCUGAUGCAAUGGAUGCAACAGUAGUGUCUUCCAAGCAGACUGUAUAUGUUGAUCUUCCUCGGGAAUUUUUCCAAAUGAUUACUGCUGUUGGACCUUACCUUUAUCGUGAUACAGUGCUGCUUCAGAAGGUGUGCAUAGUGUUGAGGGCAUAUUAUCUUUCUGCACAAGAGUUUGCUGUUUCAUGUGUCAAUUCUCCUGAUCCAAAUGAUGUGAAGAGCCGGGAUCCUCGUCUUCGAGCUAAAGAAGCUAGACUCAGGGUGGAGGAAGCUUUAGGUGCAUGUUUGCUUCCAUCAUUACAAUUGGUACCAGCAAAUCCUGCUGUUGGACAGGAGAUUUGGGAUGUUCUAUCUAUGCUUCCUUAUGAGGUCCGUUACCGUCUAUACGGUGAGUGGGAGAAGGAGGAUGAACAGAAUCCAAUGCUUCAGGCUGCAAGGCAGAUUGCGAAGUUGGACACCAGAAGAAUUCUGAAAAGGCUUGCAAAGGAAAACUUGAAACAGCUAAGUCGCAUGGUAGCCAAACUUGCACAUUCUAAUCCGAUGACUGUGCUUCGCACAAUAGUUCAACAGAUUGAAGCUUAUAAGGACAUGAUAACACCUGUUGUGGAUGCAUUCAAGUACCUGACACAGCUGGAGUAUGACAUGUUGGAAUAUGUUGUGAUUGAACGUUUAGUGCAAGGAGGCCGUUCGAAGCUCAAAGAUGAUGGCCUUAAUCUGUCAGAUUGGCUUCAAUCUCUUGCAUCCUUUUGGGGUCAUCUUUGUAAAAAGUAUCCUUCCAUGGAGUUAAGGGGUCUUUUUCAGUAUCUUGUUAAUCAGUUGAAGAAAGGGAUGGGUACAGAGCUUGUUCUUUUACAGGAGCUUAUUCAGCAAAUGGCAAACAUGCAGUACACUGAAAACAUGACUGAAGAACAACUUGAUGCUAUGUCAGGAAGCGAGACUUUGCGUUAUCAGGCCACUCUGUUUGGGAUGACAAGAAAUAAUAAGGUAUUGAGUAAAUCUACCAACAGACUGAGGGAUGCCUUGCUACCAAAGGAAGAACCCAAGUUGGCUAUUCCUCUUCUAAUACUUAUCGCUCAGCAUCGAUCCAUGGUUGUCACAAAUGCAGAUGCACCAUAUAUCAAAAUGGUUAGUGAGCAGUUUGACAGGUGUCAUGGAACACUUCUUCAGUAUGUGGAAUUUCUCUGCAAUGCAGUGGCUCCAUCCUUGACUUAUGCACAAUUGAUUCCUCCACUAGAUGAACUCGUGCAUAAGUACCAUCUUGAUCCAGAGGUUGCCUUUCUGGUGUACCGGCCUGUGAUGAGGCUCUUCAAAAGAAUGAGUGGUUCUGAGAUUUGCUGGCCUCUUGACAUUAUUGAACACUCAAAUAUUCAAAGUGCAGAAAAUGAAGUAGAACCCUCUGAUUCAUCUAAUGAUGUUGGGUUGGAUCUUGGUUCACCAAGGAAGCCUAUAAUGUGGUCAGAUCUUCUUGUUACAGUCCAGUCAAUUCUGCCUAUGAAAGCUUGGAAUAGCCUCUCUCCUGAUCUAUAUGCCACAUUUUGGGGACUUACACUAUAUGAUCUUCAUGUUCCUAAAAUAAGAUAUGAAUCAGAGAUUGCUAAGCAACAUGCUGCCAUUAAAGCCUUAGAGGAGAUUUCUGACAACUCAAGUAUGGCAAUUACGAAACGUAAAAAGGAUAAGGAAAAAAUUCAAGAGGUACUAGAUAGAUUGACUAGUGAAUUUCAAAAGCAUGAACAGCAUGUUGCAUCUGUCCACCACCGUCUUGCUCGUGAAAAGGAUAAGUGGCUAAGUUCCUGUCCUGACACUUUAAAGAUCAACAUGGAGUUUCUUCAGCGUUGUGUUUUCCCACGCUGCGUCUUCAGCAUGCCAGAUGCUGUGUAUUGUGCUAAUUUUGUUCAUACCUUGCAUUCUCUUGGCACACCAUAUUUUAACACUGUCAAUCAUAUUGAUGUUCUCAUUUGUAAAACCCUACAACCUAUGAUCUGUUGCUGCACUGAAUUUGAAGCUGGAAGACUUGGAAGGUUUCUAUAUGAGACAUUAAAAAUGGCUUAUCACUGGAAGAGUGAUGAGUCUAUUUAUGAAUGCGAGUGUGGAAACAUGCCUGGAUUUGCUGUUUAUUACAGAUUUCCAAACAGCCAGCGUGUAACAUAUGGCCAAUUUAUCCGAGUACACUGGAAAUGGAACACAAGAAUAACCCGGUUACUUGUACAGUGCUUGGAAUCUAGUGAAUAUAUGGAAAUAAGAAAUGCCCUUAUUGUGUUAACCAAAAUAUCUAGUGUGUUCCCCGUUACUCGAAAGAGUGGUAUCAAUCUUGAGAAAAGGGUGGCCAAAAUUAAAGGGGAUGAGAGAGAGGACUUGAAAGUUUUAGCUACUGGAGUAGCUGCAGCGUUGGCUGCUCGUAAGAGCGCAUGGGUUUCUGAAGAAGAGUUUGGCAUGGGUCAUGUUGAUCUGAAACCUGCCGCAGCAGCUGCAAAAUCACUAGCUGGAAAUCAGGUGGUCGACCCUUCGAGCACCGCUAAGGACCAGUUGACACAUGCAAAAUCUACACCAGAUCGAGCAGAUGGUGGAACAGUUUUGAAAUUGGAUUCAACACAACAGAGAGUAAGGACUAGUUCAUCUGCAAACGGACAGGAAGCAAUUGUUUCUGCAUCAGCUACAAGUAGUAAGACUUCUGGCAUUGGAAAAAGCACGGAUGAAAUCAUGAAACCGGAGGAUACAAGUUCGAAGGCUUAUGCAAAGGCUGCUAUGGAAUCUGAGAUGAGAUCUCAGCAAAAGCGAACAGUGCACAAUUCUAUUCUAAAGCCAGCAAAGCAGGAGGUCAUCAAAGAAGACAACAAAACUGGAAAAUUGAUUAGCAGAACUACAGGUCAGCAGUCUUCUUUUUCUGCAGAUAAAGAUGCUUCAUUUCAUCCAACAGAUAGCAGGCAAGGUGGAACUGCUGCUGCUUCUGCAGCGACCAAUGGCAUCUCUGUGUCAGCUUCUGGAAAAACGACUAGUUCCUCAAGAAUGAUGCUUGAAAUGCAUGAAACUGUAGAAAUUUCUGAGGCAUCCAUUAAACAGAAGAGAGCAGUACCAGGUGAAGAACAAGAAAGAUUGAACAAACGCAAGAAAGGAGACAUUGAAGCUAAAGAUCUUGAGGGUAUGGAAGUUCGGUUAUCUGAUAAAGAAAGAAGUUAUGAUACAAGGUCAGUGGAUAAACCUCAUUUGGAGCAUGAGAAGUCUUCCGCUGAAGAACAGAGUUUUAAUAGGUCAUUGGACAAAUCCAAAGAUAAAAUCAAUGAGCGAUAUGACAAGGACCACAGGGAAAAAUUGGACCGCUCUGAUAAAGAUCUUCAUGAGAAAUCAAGGGAUAGGUCACUGGAGAGACAUGGAAGAGAGCGCUCGGUUGAAAAAGUGCAAGAGAGGGGCAUGGAUAGAAGUCUUGAUAGGGCAGCAGAGAAAGCUAGAGAUGACAGAAGUAAGGAUGAUCGGGGCAAAUCCCGACAUAUGGAUGUAUCCAUAGACAAGGGACAUAUUGAUGAGCGUUUCCAUGGGCAGAGUUUGCCUCCGCCACCACCAUUACCUCCCAGUUUUGUUCCUCAAUCUGUGGGUGGUGGCCGAAGAGAUGAGGAGACUGAUAGGAGAGUGGGUAACACCAGACACAUACAGCGAUUGUCUCCAAAACAUGAUGAAAAAGAGAGGAGGCGUUCAGAAGAAAAUGUUUUGACAUCCCAAGAUGAUCCAAAACGUAGAAGAGAGGAUGACUUAAGGGAAAGAAAGCGUGAUGAGCGAGAUGGCUCAUCUGUUAAGGUAGAUGACAGGGACAGAGAUAAAGCUACCAUGAAGGAAGAUAUGGACCUGACUGGAGGUUCCAAACGGCGAAAACUUAAGAGAGACCAUGCAUUGUCAUCUGAAACUGGUGGGGAAUACUCACAAGUUGUUCCACCACCUCCCCCAGUGGCAAUAGCUAUGCCUCAGUCAUUCGAUAGAGAAAGGGCAGACAAAAAAGCAGCCAUAGUGCAACAACGGGCUGCACACAUGGACGAUGCACCAAGAUUGCAUGGGAAGGAAGCUGGAGGCAAAAUUAAUCGAAGGGAAUCAGAUCAAAUACAUGAAAGGGAGUGGGAAGAAGAGAAGCGCCAGAGACCUGAAGCAAAAAGGAAACACCGAAAGUAGGCUCUGAAGUCUACACGCAGACGAGCAAAUAUAAUUUGGUCUCAGUCUGCUAGUUUAGUGCAUUGUUUCCUUUUUUGUUUUUCUUUAUUGGGGUUUGAGUGCCAUCUCUUAGAGUUGUGCUGCUGAUCAUGGCAUGAAGGAUCUCCAGAAGCCGAGUAGCUCAUCCAGUGUCUGUGUGGAUGUCUUGGAUCAGCACAUGAUUGCAACAGUGAGGCUUUCAGUGUCAGCCAAACUAAUCUGUUUUACGCUUGGCGAGAUUCCUAGGUACAGAAGAUGACACCCUGCAUUACAGCAUUGUAACUGUUAACGUUUAAUGAUGGCAUUAUGCAGAACUGUGUUUUGUGGGUUUCA